AUGCUCAUACCGGCACUUGGGGGAGGUAAUGAUACCCUCCAGUGGCAUUUCAUUGGACUUCGUGGACCGGGAGAGUGGCUAUCCGCAGAUACUAUACCUCAAGCACUCAAACGGACUAUACCACCCGAUCUCGAAGUCGAUACUAUGCACAGCCGACGAUCCUUUGUUGGAUAUUGCAGCGAGGCAUAUAUUCACGUGGGUACACGAGAUUCAGGUUUCGAAAGCAUUACUUUAUCACAGGCCGAAUGCAGCCCAACAACUCUACGAAUUGGCCGAGAGAUAAACCCGACAAUGGGGACUGAAGGCCUGGGUAUCUUUGGGGGCGGGAUUGGGUCCAAAGUCAUUUUCACGAAGGGAUUGUUUGCGUCGAUCGAGAGAGAAGAGACUUGCCUAGAGGAUAGGCUGCUGAACUCAAAGGACAAUUGUUGUAUUAUAUAUGACACAGAGAAGAAGACUGGCUUCAUGGUCCCAGAGUUGAAUUCUGUUCUUCUCACUGCUCAUGCGUGGGCCUCGAGACAGCCAAACGCCAGCAAAAUCGUGAACAAGAUUCCCUUCAUUCCGCCUUGUACUACAGGUGGACAGGCUGCAUUCAACAUGGUGAUGGAGAAUUUAAACCUCGUAUUGCGCGAGGCAUACGCCGAUGAAAAAGAAUUGUUUUUCAUGACCAAACUGAAGCACAUAUUUUGCGCAAUGGAGAGGAGAAAAGAACAGCAGAGAAUUUUGAACGAAACCUCAAUUCGAGUAGCUGAACGACGUUGGAUUCGAGGCUGGGAAAUAUGUGAUAUUGCAGCCAGCAGGCCAUCAAAUGACAAGAGAGUCAAAUUGCCACUCAGCGCGUCUGAGUCGUGGUAUAAGAUUCCCCGUGAAAAUCCCGAUAUGCUUGUUUUGUUGUGCAAGGGCAUAGCUGAUGCGAUUCAACCGAGUCCGAAUACGGUCUGUAAAGCAUGGUGCCCUCUUCCCCGAGACAAUUAUCUCAUGGCAAGUGCGGAAUGUGUCAAGUCGCUAUCCGAAAAGCAUGGAGGUACGCAGGGGAAGCCGAGACUUGCGGCCAAGCUUUACCUGAAGGUCUCGAAAAGAAAUAGUAUCUUAGGCGAUUGCGAAGCUAGAGUUGACGGUGGAUGCAAUCAUGCCCAGUCCCUGAGAACAAGUCCCCCGGAUCAUGAAGUGUUCUUGAAUGAUGGUGCCAUCAUUUUUGGGAAGAGCACGGGCCGGAAGUACAGUAGUUGA